AACUUUGUCUGUCUUUCCAGGCACUCCCUGUUUGCUCUCAGUCCAGCUACAGUUCUGCACCUCUUACUCCAACAACUUUCUCCAAAGCCGUUCUUGACCUUUUGCCAUUCUUUUGUGUGCAGCUUCACUCCCUCAUCAGGAUGAGCACCGAUCCAGUCUUCAACAAGAUGCAAGGCAAAAUCCAGAUGGCAAAGGAAAUGAGUGAAGACAAAAAGUUGUACCGAUACAAGGGGGUGCUAUACCCGACCCUUAUGUGUCCUGAGGAGCACAUGACGGCUCUGGACAACCUGAAGGCCAGGGAGGAUGACUUAAUGCUGGUGGCUUAUCCCAAGUGUGGUUUCAACUGGAUGGUCGGAGUUUUAAAAAAGAUUAUUGCUGAGGCCACAGGGGAGAAAAAUGAAAGGAAAACACCACCACUCAUUGAGUUUUUUGGACCUGAAGUUGUAAAGGUGAUGGAGGAGUCGCCCUCUCCGAGGUUUUUAGGGACUCACCUUUACCCCGACAACAUCCCCCCCUCCUUCUAUGAAAAGAAAACAAAGAUAAUGGUGAUCUUUAGAAACCCCAAGGACACCCUUGUUUCCUAUUAUCAUUUCUGCAACAACAACCCAGUCCUUCCAACUGUGUCCUGGGAUUCUUUCUUCUCCCAGUUCAUGAAGGGAGAAGUUGCCUGGGGGUCAUACUUCGAUCACGCUUUGGCCUGGGACAAAAAAAUUGACGAUCCUAAUGUAAUGAUUGUCACCUAUGAAGACUUAAAACAGGAUCUGAAGGCAGGUGUCCAUCAAAUCUCAAACUUCUUUGGCUUCACCCUGACAGAGGCUCAGGUCCAACAAAUCGCAGAGAAGAGCACUUUCAACGCCAUGAAAGAAAACUCCGGCCAAUCUCAUGGCAACAUAGGAAACGUCUUCUUUAGAAAAGGUGAGGUUGGGGACUGGAAAAACCAUUUUACCCCAGAACAGAGCCGAGAAAUGGAUGAGGCCUUCAACAAACAUGUGGCAGGAACCAAGUUGGGAGCCAAACUGGACUACCAGAAGCACUGCCUGUAGAGAAACAGAAGAUGUUCCUCUCAGAGAUGAGUCUGCCAGGCGUCCCCGCCGAUCCUGUUAGAUUUAGAAAUCAUUUGAAUAAUAACUAGAAAGCGUUUUAAUCUGAGGUUUGUUAAGAUGGUUGUUUAAGAAAGAUUGCUGCACAGAUGCUUCAGUUCUGCUUUGGGAAAGGAUGACAUGGGGGGAAACAAAAUAAAAUAACUUCUUAAUGUUCCACAGGAAAAAAAUGUCCGAACGUUCUUUAAACUGUUAAAGUGCUCUUCUUAUGGAGCAUACAUGCUUCCAUAUUUGCUUUGACUUUAAAGCCGGUUUUUGUGCUGUUUACAAAGUCUUGUGACAGAAACAGAAGCAACGACAUCAGACACCAGAAAAAAAAAAA